AAAUCCUCCAGACCAACAACAAUCAGCGAACCGGCAAUCAACCGGCCUUCCUCUGUUCAUACCCCUCGUCGAGCUCGACGACAGCUUCGGCGUUUGAAGGGCUUUACUCGGUCCAUCCCAUCCCAGCGCACGACACUUUCUUUGGCAGCUACUUCGGAUUCUCACUACUUUCCGGAUAAGCAAUUUUCAAUACAGCCUUGGUAAUUAUCUUUCAUCUUACAUCAGUAUACAUCAAAAUGCUUGACGACCUUAUUCCACUUGUCAACAAACUUCAGGACAUUGUGUUCAACACGAUUGGUUCGGACACUAUCGACCUCCCGCAGAUUGUGGUAGUUGGAAGUCAGUCCAGCGGAAAGAGCUCUGUGUUGGAGAACAUUGUUGGUCGCGACUUCCUUCCAAGGGGCUCCGGAAUUGUCACUCGGCGUCCAUUGAUCCUCCAGCUCAUCAACACAUGUCCUCCAACUGCCUCGGAUGACAUUCCUCCCCCGCACAGCGCAGCGGCUGUUCAUGAGGAACCCGAGUGGGCAGAAUUCUUGCAUUUGCCUGGAAGGCGUUAUAAUGACUUCGCGGAGGUUCGUCGGGAAAUUGAGACUGAGACGUCGCGGAUUGCAGGUUUGAACAAGGGAAUCAACAGACUACCGAUCAACUUGAAGAUCUACUCGCCUCACGUUCUCAACUUGACUCUGGUAGACUUGCCAGGUUUGACCAAGAUUCCUAUUGGUGAUCAACCUACGGACAUCGAGAAGCAAGUCAGGAAUUUGAUCGUUGAGUACAUCGCCAAGCCAAACAGUAUUAUCUUAGCGGUCACGCCCGCGAACAUCGACCUUGUUAACUCCGAAGGGUUGAAACUUGCUCGUCAAGUCGACCCGUCUGGCAAGCGUACCAUUGGUGUUUUGACUAAGCUCGACUUGAUGGAUCAGGGGACGAAUGCUCUCGAAAUUCUGUCUGGUCGGGUAUACCCCUUGAAGCUUGGAUUCAUUGGAGUAGUCAACCGCAGCCAGCAUGACAUCCAGGCAAACAAGAGCUUGCCGGAUGCGUUGAGGAGCGAGGAGGAUUUCUUUCGUCAUCACCCUGCGUACAGAAACAUCGCACAUCGUUGCGGCACUCAGUACUUGGCAAAGAGCCUGAACCAAAUCCUUAUGGCGCACAUUCGAGAGCGCUUGCCAGACAUCAAGGCGAGACUUAACACCUUGAUGGGUCAAACUCAGCAGGAACUGGCGGCAUACGGCGACCAUGGCGUGGGAGCCGUCGCGGGAACAACCCAACCCAAGGGCUUGCGCAUCCUGCAGCUCAUGACCCGCUUCUCCAACAACUUCAUCGCAUCAAUCGAUGGUACACUGUCGGAAAUCUCGACGAAGGAGUUGUGUGGUGGUGCUCGAAUCUACUACAUCUUCAACAGUGUCUUUGGCAAUGCCUUGGAUAUUAUCGACCCGACGACCAAUUUGACCGUCCACGAUAUCAGAACAGCUAUUCGCAAUUCUACCGGCCCAAGACCAUCACUUUUCGUGCCAGAAUUGGCGUUCGACCUCCUCGUCAGACCCCAGAUUCGCUUGCUGGAGCCGCCAAGUCAGAGGUGUGUGGAGCUUGUCUAUGAGGAGUUGAUGAAGAUCUGUCACAGCUGUGGCGACAGCGAGUUGACUCGCUACCCUCGCCUGCAAGGCAAGCUGAUCGAGGUUAUUUCGGAGCUCCUCAGAGAACGCCUCGGUCCUACGUCGAACUACGUUGAAAGCUUGAUCUCAAUUCAACGAGCAUACAUCAACACAAACCACCCCAAGUUUUUAGGUGGUGCUGGAGCUGUCUCCAAGAUGAUUGACGGCAAGGCUGAGAAGAAGCGUAAGGACCAAACGACAAAGGUCAAGGCUGGUGUCGCUACCAACGGCACUGCCACUCCGGAGCCGGAGCACCCUAUUCCUGGCGGCCGCACGUUGUCAUAUCCUCGUGACACUGGCGCCGUGAACCAGGACCUUCCUAAUGGCGCCGUUCCCUCUCUCAACGGUCCCAUGGCAGGCAGUGCAACUUCUACCCUUCACACUUCACCGAACGCUAGGGACUCAUUCUUGAAUCAUUUCUUCGGAAACGAUGGAACCUCUGUUACGGGUAAGGCCUUGCCCGAACCUAACUUCACCGGUUCCUUCAGGAGGCCUGAUGUCUCCAACUUGUCUCUGGAUGACUCUGCAAGCAUCAUUUAUGAUGAGCCUGCCCUUACUGAGAGGGAGCAGAUGGAAACUGAACUCAUCCGUAAUCUGAUCACGUCCUACUUCAAUAUCGUCCGGGAGAUCAUCCAGGAUCAAGUACCAAAGGCUGUCAUGCACCUUCUUGUUAACUUCACGAAGGAAUCUGUCAGCAACAGGCUGGUGUCGGAGCUGUAUAAGGAGGACUUGUUCGACGAUCUCUUGCACGAAGAUGAGUCGCUUGCACAGGAACGGAAGAAGUGCGAGCAUAUAUUGCAGGUUUACAAGGAUGCCAGUGCGGUCAUCUCGGGGCUCUGAAAAGCAUAGUUCAACUGGGUAUAAUAGGCUGCAAACGGCGUGUAUGAAUUUGAGGUUACGUACUUCUCUUACUCCUUAGGGGCUUUAUCGGACAAUUAGAAUUGUCUCUAUCCUCAUCGCCUGUGCGG